AUGCCAUCAUUCUCUGCUGAAUUGAAUACUGAAGCUGGUCUCAAGGCUCUUAACGAGUACUUGGCCGACAAGACUUUCAUUGUUGGAUUUGUCCCAUCAUCUGCUGAUGUCCAAGCUCUUGGUUUGGUCGGAGCUACCGCCCCAUGUGCCACCAAAUACCCACAUGCCAACAGAUGGUUCGUCACCGUCAAGGCCUACACUGCUGAGGAAUUCGAAAAGGUUGCUGAAACCGUCACUAUCGCCGCCGCUGCUGCCGCCCCAGCCAAGGAUGACGACGAUGUCGACUUGUUCGGUUCCGACGAAGAUGAUGAAGAGUACGAGAAGCAAUUGGAGGAGCGUAGAAAGGCUGCCCUAGCUUCAAAGAAGCCAAAGGAGAAGGUCAUUGCCAAGUCAUCUAUCAUGAUGGACGUCAAGCCAUGGGAUGACACCACCGAUAUGGGUGAGUUGGAGAAGGCUGUUCGUUCGAUCGCCAUGGACGGUCUCUUGUGGGGUGCCUCAAAGUUGGUCCCAGUCGGUUACGGUAUUAAGAAGCUCUCCAUCAACUUGGUUGUUGUUGAUGAUUUAGUCAGUCUCGAUGAUCUCACUGAGCAAAUCGAGGCCUUUGAAGAUUUUGUACAAAGUGUUGACAUCACUGCCUUCAACAAGAUUUAA